CUCCGCUGCCUCCCGGCCCUGUCAGGGCUCCCGGGGGCCCAGGCCCCCAGAUCUGAGGAGCCUCACGGGAGCAGAGGGCUCUAGCCAGGAGGUAACCAAGGAUGCUUGGAGUGAGAUUGCCAAAACUUUCCUGGGGCCAGGGUGCUCCUGGCAACGGUGUUGUGCUGCCUGUCGCCUUGGCUCCCUGCUUCCCAUGCUCCUCCGCGCCUGGCCGUCGGCUCGGAGGCACCGGGAAAAUCCCUCCCGACAUGGCCUUCGAUCUGGAGGAGUAUCUGCGGACAGCUUUCCGGGACAACCUCCGGCUCCAGAAGGUGCCGGCGUGGGACACGGCGGCGCUGCUGCCUCCCACCCGCCUGCUGCUGAAGAGGCGCGAGGUGGCCGAGGUGGAGCGGGACCUGCGGGCGCAGCGGGAGGCGUUCCGGCGGAGGAUGGCGAGCCUGGAGCAGCGGCGGCGGGAGCUGGGCCGCAGGGAGGAGCAGCUCCGCGAGGAGGUCUGCAAAUUCGACGCCUUCCUCAAGGCCUCGGCGGCCAGGCGGGAGCGGGCGCUGCGCCAGGCGAGCCAGGAGCGGGGGCGGGCGGCGCAGCGGGACGCCGAGGCCGCCCGCCUGCGCCGGGAGCUGGAGCGGCUGCUGCGGCGGAGGCAGCGCCUGGGCCGGCGCCUGCGGAGCCACCGCGUCUUCGGCGACUACCUGCAGAGCGUGCUGGCGCGGGCGGCGCAGUUCCAGGACGUGCCGGCCAUGGUGGCCCGUUUCCGGGCGCUGGAGGACGCCCGGGCGGCCCUGGCGCGCCAGGCGGAGGCCGGGCAGGAGCAGCUGGCCGCGGAGCAGGCCCGGCUCCGGCGCUACCGCGAGGAGGCUGGCAGCGAGCUGCUGCGGAGGAGCAACCAGCUGGCCCAGCUGCGGGCCCGCCUGGAGGCCGCCCGCCGCGAGGUGCACCAGCUGGAGUCCCACUGGACGCACAUCCAGACCACGGCCGCCCAGAAGACCCUGCUGCUGGGGCAGAUCCGGAUGGCGGUGCUCAACCUCUUCCAGCUGGUCACCAAGCAGCUCAAGGUUCCGGCAGAUGUGGCACUGGAGGACACCGAGGCCCAACUGGACACGGUGCUGCUCUGCAUGCAGGAUCUGGCUGCCAUCCGUGCUGAGCUGUGCCCAGGGGAGCCCACUGCCGCCAGCAAGUGCCCGCCACCACCUCUGGUGCCUCCAAGCCAGGAAUAAACCCCCUGCUCAGAAAACAGCCGCCCGCCCAGGGGCUGGGCAGAGGCUGUCUUGGUUGGCACUGGGCCCAAUAGGUGAUCCUGGCCAAGAUCUCCAGUGAACGCCUGUGGACUGAAGUUGCUCCCCAUCUCCAACACACCUGGGAACCCUUCCAUGCUGACAGGCGAUGCAGAUGGCAGGGAGACAGGUGGCUGUGGAGCAACAGGACGGCACCGAUUUGAGUUAGGGGCCUGUGAGGAGGAGAGCACCCCAGGGCUGGCCCCGGGGCAGGCGCUGCAGAGGCAGCCCGACUUGGAGCUGGGAGCAGGAACAGGGAGCUGCCACUCAUAUUCAUGCUGUUGGUAUUGCCUAAUGCUGUCUCCUGUCAAAAUAUAACCUAGCUGCUGGGCUAGGAGCA